AUGUCGAGUACCAGCACAUCAUCACCAGAGUCGACACCAUUUCCAGAGUCCUCUCUCAAUUAUGACCAAAUUGUCAAACAAGAAUUCGACCACCUCUCCAAAGUACACCCACAGUACAAAGACAUUCCGACCUGCAUGUCUCUCCUAGGCCUUUACUUGUCCUGCAAUGGCUUCAAGAACCACAUGCGGUCGAUAUACCGAGACGGCGAAAUGGCAAAGUGCGCGCAAAAAUUUGACGAUUUCAGAUUCUGCAUGCAGAUGAAGUUUAAGACUGAGGAGGAGAGGCGCGAGGCGUGGUUAUUACAUCGCGCAAAAUGGUGGGCGACACGACGGACUACGGGGAGCAGCGAGGACGUCUGGGAUAUUCGAACGUGA